AUGGGUGCUGCGCAAAGUGUUUGCCAAGUAAGAUUUAAAGCAAAAGCGCAUUUUAUACAUACCUGUUCUAGGUCCUAUAAAGAGAUAGCUAGUGUAAGCUACGAGGAAUUCCUGCAAAAUAUCCAGGAAUUGAACGAGAUAUCGGGACACUUUCUAGACUCAAACGGAAAACGUCUGGUUUUCGCUGUAAAAAAGGGAACUGAUACAACAGCUCUCUGGAAAGCUACUGUAAGAGUUGCAUGUGUAAAGGUUGAUGCUGAAUCAAAGAGCAUAGACUCUCUUCGACUUCUCAACCUUAAACAGUUCCUUGCUGUUCAUAGAUCUCUCCACUCUCAGGCCUCUGCACUGAAUCUGUGUGUAGUACCAAGUGUUGAAUCCUGUGAAGACAAUUCAUCAGAGAAUCUAACUCAAGAAUCUGAGGAGUAUGUAAAAGUAAGAGCGCCUGGGCACCCUCUUUCUCUUCCUGCUUUCUCUCACUCCAUGUUCUUGGACGAAGCUUUAGAGGGAACAUCGUUAGACGAGUGCUGCGUGUGUCUUGAGAGGAAGCCGGAUACUAUUCUACCCUGUGCGCAUGCGUACUGUACCCAGUGUAUUCAGCAGUGGAACGUAAACCAUAAAACCUGCCCUGUCUGCAGGGAGAAGCUUGAUAGUGCUGAUGAAGGUUGGGUUAUCUCUGAUGGACCUGAUACUAUAGAUAUUGCGACUCAGAUUCAAAAAUCUUUGAUGGAAAUUUCCCAAGACUAAAGUGAAGAAAAGAAAUUAAUAUAACCUGUGACAAUAAAUGACAAUAUUGA